ACAGACGUGCUGGUGUGCGUGCGAUUAUAGUAAUAAUAAUAAUAAUAAUAAUAAUAAACCAUGUCGUUUGGCUGUUGAUUUUUGUUCGCGAACAUUGACAAGCAAGGCGUAGCGUUUUGCCAACAGAGAGAGAUGGACGAAAACUUGAGCAGAGGGUACGUGGCCCUGGGCAAACGAGUCAAUGUCGGAAGGGAGCCCAGACCUCCCGUCGAUCACAAGGACCGUAUUUUCUUCGCCAUGACGCUGGCCGGCGCCGGAUUUCUGUUUCCCUACAACAGUUUUGUCAUGGCUGUGGAUUAUUUUCAAAUUAAAUAUCCAUCGUCGAUGGUGAUUUUCGACAUGACGUUGGUCUAUAUUAUUAUGGCGUUCUUUGCCGUGCUCACCAACAACCUACUGGUCGACACGUUAUCUUUUAAAUGUCGCAUCAAUAUCGGUUAUGCCUUGACCACUACUACACUGUUGUUCGUUGGCGCCGUUGAAAUACUUUGGUCGGAAAUGUUCUCAUUGAACACAUCUUACUACAUUAACUUGGUGGCCAUCGCAAUCAUCGCCUGGGGCGCAACAAUUCAACAGUCCAGUUUUUAUGGAUAUACGAGCAUACUGCCCGUCCAGUACACUCAAGCUGUCAUGAUUGGAGAAAGUGCCGCUGGCCUGUGGGUGUCCCUCGACCGAAUCACCACGAAGAUGUUGACCGAUGACUUACAGUUAAGCACGUUUUGUUUUUUCCUAUUCAGCCACGGCGUGGUAAUGUUGUCGUGGGUUUUCUUCCAAAUCGUACAGACUACAGACUUCAUUAAGUUUUAUAUGGCCCGUAACGAAGAAUCGAAAAAAAGAAUAUCCCUGGAACCUACCGAAGAAUAUGUAAGCAUAGAACUAAAUAUUCUCUCAUCGUUACUGAAAAUGUACAACGAGAAAAGCAAUUGUUAUUUCAUUAUUAUUUUUCAGGCAAACGCUGAACAAAACCAACCGGAAUCGCUGUUCGCCGAGACCAGUCUGAGUAUUGGGAAAAAUGUAUUUCCGAAAGAAGACAACGCGUUAAGCUUUGCAAAUCCCGCGUACGAUCCAAAUGCUAAUGUUCCAACGUACAAAGUCGAAGACGUCAUGGUUCACAUCGAAACUCACUCGUUCAAACUGCGAAAAUCCACUUUUUCUAAUAUGUGGACAAAGUUCAAAAACGGUUAUUUAUUGCGUUUCGAAGUAUCCAAGCUUAUAUGGAAACAAAUGUUGGCCAUUUUCCUAUGUUACUUUGUCACCCUGAGUAUUUAUCCGGGCGUUUUGACGGACUUGAUCAGUCCCAGAUUCGGCACUUGGAUGCCUGUGCUGGUGAUGACAGUGUUCAACUUGUUUGAUCUUUUGGGGAAGAUACUGAGUGCUCAUGCAUAUGAGAAUUGGGACGAUAAAAUACUUAAAGUCACCAAGGUGCGUCUCCUCAUGAUCCCAGCCAUCUUGCUCAUAGUGUUCGUGCAGCACCCGUUCCACACGAAAAUCUUUAGCGAGUUUUUGAUUUUCUUGGAAACGGCAGCACUUGGCUUGUCCAACGGCAUCACGGGCAGUGUGCCCAUGAUAUUUGCUCCGGCUAAAGUCAACAAUGAGCGUCGUGAACUCUCAGGCAACAUCAUGACGUUUUCGUACAUAGCUGGAACGACGAUGGGUAGUAUUUUCGCAUAUUUGUUGGACAAGAUACUACACUACGAGAGUGACUAUCCCAUCAGCGUGUACAACAGCGAAUACCACAAAAUGGAGACGUACGUUAUAGAGCAGAAUCUACUGAACAUCAACAACACUUACGCUCAUAAUAUCACGGCCAAGGUGAUACGUCAUUAUUAACAGCCAACUGGCUAUCGACUCAUAUCAAUUGAAGUGUGUUGUCAAGCAAAAAAAUUGAAUCGUUUUUGUUGUAAAAAAAAAAAAAAAAUGUUACCCGAUAAUAAUUAGUUAUGAUAACGACUAAAUAUGACACUAUUGUUGUAUUGCCAGGCUAGAAUUGAGUAAAUUUGUAUACACAAUUACAUACAAUAUACCGGUACUUAAAGUGUACCGUUAAGACAAUUUUCGUUUAUCCAGAGAAAUGUUGUUCCCAGUGGUAAAGUGGUGUUUUUUUUUUUUUAAUUUGUUUAAGUAAAAACUAGGAACAUGUUUUUCUGUUUAGAUACGCAAUAUUUAUCAAAAAGUAAACAAUAUUAUACUCAAAGUUAUGGCCAAAAUUAGGUUAUUAUUCAUCUGGUAAUACACACAAGUAGGCGACACUCGCCUCACAAAAAAAGGAAUUUUCAUACCCCUAUGAAUAUUUACAAAUAUAAUUGUUUCCAGUUUUCAAUUCUUACAUUAAUAAAGAUUAGGUAACAGUAAACCUGUUGCACAGUUAAUGCGUGUCACUUGAAAAUUGUUAGCCAAGUCUCAAGGGUCACUUAUGUAGUGUGUUUAUAUCAUGUGUACCUAUGUACGAUUUAUGUAUACAGAAUAAGUCUAAGCAAUACUCAUUUAAGUACAAUUUACAGAGGGCGCUCAAUCUGAAGACAUGAUAUGAUAAUUUAAAUUUUAGAUGGUUAUAAUACUUAAUCAACCUAACAUAAGUAAAAACAAAAAGUAUAAUUUGUAAACAAAAUUAUGCAAACAAGUGAACGCUAAUUUACUUAAUAUAUGGCAUUUAAAAAUAAUUCAGUAAUGUACAUUUUAAUGAUCAUAAAAUAAACUAACUUACUUUUGUAUCAAUAUUUUUAAUUAUUUUCAAACCCCACGACAAUUACAAUAUAUCUUAUACCUAAACAUUGAUUGGCAUGUUACAAGUGUAGGAACGGAUCCUCCAAAAAAAUUAUGUUUAAGUUCAUAAUAUUAUAUCUCUAUUAUUACAACUCCGGUUUUUGGUCGUUGUGGCACUUAUCAUAAAAAUAUUGAUUACUAGGUACCCUUAUUUGUAUAAUUUAUUAUUGCAAACUUGAGGAAUUGGAGUAACAGUAAAAUAUAAGUAUUAGUGGAAAUAACUCGAAAGACUGGUUAACCCUUUUUAUUUUCAUUGCCUACCUACCAUUAUGUUUUAUAUUUAUUGUA